UAAAUAAUCGACUUAUUGUUUAAAGUUCAGCUUAGAUUCAUGUUCGGUUUCUUCUAAUAAAGUAAAAUGACGGGUAUAACGGCACCGGGAAAUACCACUCUGCCAACGCUAUAUGAGUAUUAUACAUCUGGAGGCAUCCAAUCGGGUUUGAACGCAGAUCAAAGCUGUUUCACCUUAAAUGGAAAAAAUAUCACUUUGUAUUCUGGUGCUAUGCAUUACUUUCGCACUCCAAAACAGCUAUGGAGGGACAGGUUAAGGAAAAUGAGAGCUGCCGGAUUGAACGCUGUUGAAACCUAUGUACCCUGGAAUUUGCACGAACCUACUCCAGGUACGUUUGACUUUGGACAUGGAGGAACAGACAUGGAAGACUUUUUGGAUAUAGAAACCUUUUUAAAAACAGCUCAAGAGGAAGACCUUUUAGCGAUUUUACGUCCGGGUCCUUACAUAUGCGCCGAGUGGGAGUUCGGAGGAUUUCCUAGUUGGUUACUGCGAGAAAAUAAUAUAAAGUUUCGUACUAAUGAUGAAAAAUAUAUGGGUCCAGUUAAAAGGUUUUUCAAUGCUCUUCUGCCAAUACUUGCCGCCUUACAGUUUAUCAACGGGGGUCCAAUUAUAAGUUUUCAAAUAGAGAAUGAAUAUGCCAGUACCCAAACAGAUACUUUUGUUACUGACAAAGACUAUCUAAGAAAUCUUAGACAGGUUUAUUUGGACAAUAAUAUUACUUCAUUGCUGACCACAGCUGAUGGAGUUUAUAAGUUUGGAGACAUAGGGACUAUACCGGAGUUGUUCUUGGUAACAGCUAAUUUUGGAGGUGAUCCAAUUACAUCGUUUAAUGCUCUCGAGUCAAUACAGCCAGGAAGGCCUAAGAUGGCAAUGGAAUAUUACCCAGGUUGGUUUGACCAUUGGAGUGAAGAGCACCAUACAAGGUCCACAACAGAUUUAUCCAAUAGUUUAAUACAGAUCCUCUCUUAUCCAGGAUCUUUUAAUAUUUACAUGUUUCAUGGGGGAACAAAUUUUGGAUUUCUAAAUGGGGCCAAUGUUGAUAAUGAUCUAACUGAUAAUAGUGGAUUUCAACCUGUUACUACAAGUUAUGACUAUGAUGGACCCUUAACUGAGGCAGGGGAUUACUCCGACAAAUAUGCAGUAGUUAAGGCAGUAUUAGACAUUUCCGCUCAGCCAAAAACUAAGCUACCCGAGAUGCCAGAACUUACUAGUAGAGUAGCUUUCGGUAAUAUAUCACUCAUUGGAUAUAUUUCCCUGAAAGACCUUAUAGAUACACAAGAUACUAAACUAGUUUAUCAGACCCCAACAGCUAUGGAACUAAUUAAUAUUAACAACAAUAGUGGGCAAAGUUAUGGCUAUAUUACUUAUCGAAAAGAAAAUUUAAGCCUUAAAGCUAACGCUACGUUAUUAAUUGAGGGUCAUGUUUGUGAUUCCGUUUUGGUUUUAGUAAAUGGGAAACAAAUAUCACCGUCACUGAAGACCAUAGAAGACUUAAACAACUUUGGAUUCUACAGAAUGAACAAUUCUCAAAUCGUGCUUACAGAUGUCAAUCUCAAAAAUGUCACUAUUGAUUUAAUAGUUGAAAACUGGAGCAGACUUAACUAUGGGCAGCUCACGCAGUAUUAUCAAUUUAAGGGAAUCUGGCAGGGAAAUAUUUUAAUUGAUGAUGAAGUAGUUGAAAGUUGGCAACAUAUCCCUUUAGAAUUCAAGAAAAGUUGGACUACACGUCUGGAAGGAUGGAAAGACGUAUCUUCGAGCUCCAAUGAGCCAGGACUAUAUAAAGCUCAAAUCAAUAUUACAACUCCAACCGAUACAUAUAUCGAUAUGAGGCAAUGGACUAAAGGGAUUGUGAUAGUCAAUGGAUUUGUAUUAGGCCGAUUUGCUCGAAUCGGCCCACAGCAAUGCCUUUACUGGCCAGCUCCUUUGAUGAAGCAAGGAUUUAAUGAAAUAAUAAUUUUUGAGCAUUUUGAGGCGUCUAAUGAAAUUAGUUUUUCGAAGGACCAGAUUUUUAAAACUGUCUAUAGAAAAAAAAAUUAAUUAGGUACCUAAUUUUUUUUAGAAAUGCACAAUUAUGUUUAUAGGGUAAAAUUAAUUGGUAAUAUAUUAUUUUAUUUGUG